UUCAAAAUGGUCGCCCUGUUUUGUUAAGUGCGCGAAGAAACUUUCAGCUCCCAUUUAGAACAAAGUAUUUAUUAGUUGAAAAGAAUAAAAUUAAAAAAUUUAAGUGAAAAACUUUCAUCAUAUUCCGUGCUUUCCUUUACAUGUGAAGUUUUCGCGCAAUUACAACAAAACAGUGCGAAAAUCCUCUGAGAAACUGUAAGCACUCGAUUUCGGACCAAAGUGUAUGCAAAAAGAUAAGUUCCCCCAUCUGCCUCUCAGCAUUUUUCGGUUCGCAGCGACGGCGAAAAGCAAACAAGCGAAAAAGUAUUGAACGUAUAUAAGUUGAGUGAGCAAAUAGCAACGGGCUACGGACAAACAUAUUGAAAGCCAUAAUAAUCUUUCUUGAGCAUUAGCGCAGGAAAAAAUACAUAUCUCUAGGAAUUCUCAGAAGCCACGCGUUGUUGCAACAUUGCCAUUGCCAGUGUUUAGGUGCAAACAUUUGAAGAAAUAAAGAAAUCGCGCUUAAACGAAGUUCCCCUUUGUAUAUGGAACAAAGCAUAUAAAGAAAUAUCUCUUAUUAAGACAAUACAGAGCAGGAGGGAAGCGGUCAAGCAUAAAAAAGCUUUUGGCACGCCGCAUUCCUCCUCGCCGUUGGGCGGAGCAAUCUGUUAGCAACUAUGGAUGAAUAGUGACUAAAAUUGUCUAUGAAUUAAAUCGGGCAAGUGUAUUUCGUUAGAGACACCGGUGUGAACGACGUAAUUGUUAGCCAUCAAACUAUUUUGGAAGUAUAAAUACUGAGUGUCGAUAGGCACAAUCGAUUUCAGAAAAUAAACUUGUGAAUUUUCAUUUGCAUUAAGUCAAGAAGCUACAUACAGAUCACGGAACGUGUGUGUCGCUGUCAUCAUUGUACUUCUACUUUCCCUCAUGCACAUACCAAACUGCGAGUGACGGACAUUUGCUAUCGCGGCCGCAUAGACAGCUGGUAGUCCAUAAUUCCAUAAACGCAACAAUUAAACUAUUCGUCAAAAUUAAUGUUUGCAUAUUUUCAUCAUAGAGGGCAAUAAAAAGCUUAACACUGGACCGGAAGCGUGUCUUUAAAGGGUAAUGGCGGCCUCCACUCAGGGAGAAAUUCGAGUGGGUCCCGGCCACCAGGUAAACGAUGUCUAUGCAAAAUUGCCCGAUUAUAAUCCAAUUUCAAGCUUCCCUGUUGACAAAGAGAGCGACGAACGCGAAUUAGAAGAAUCAAGAUGGAGUCCAGGCAUUGUGGCCGAUGGGGAUUUGUUAAUGUUUUUGCGUGCGGCGCGUUCUAUGGCUGCAUUUCAAGGAAUGUGUGAUGGAGGACUAGAAGACGGUUGUUUAGCUGCUAGUCGUGACGAUACAACAAUUAACGCUUUGGAUAUUUUACACGAUUCUGGUUACGAUCCAGGUAAAGCCCUUCAAGCACUCGUUAAGUGUCCCGUUUCCAAGGGUAUCGAUAAAAAGUGGGCAGAGGACGAAACAAAGAAAUUCAUUAAGGGCUUACGGCAAUUUGGAAAGAAUUUCUUUCGAAUACACAAAGAUUUACUACCGCACAAAGAGACACCGGAAUUGGUGGAAUUUUACUAUUUGUGGAAGAAGACACCGGGUGCCAAUAAUAAUCGACCUCAUCGUCGACGCCGGCAAAGUGCCUUGCGUCGCAAUCGUGUCACACGCGCUAGUAAUACACCUCCGAAGAAGGAGGAUACACCGGAACCACAAACGGCGACGACGGCGUCAGCGGCGGCAGAUUCGACUCGCUCGUCGCCCGUUGUCUCCAAGGAGGAGAACAGUUCUCUAACCGAGGACGACAUCAGCGAGUGCGACAGCGAUUCCAGUCUGACAAACAAAAGGGAUGAAUCACCAUCUAGAAUGAGGACACGCAAUAAACAGCAACAACAGAAUAAUAAUACGAAGGAACAAACAACACAACAGGUGGCGAAUGGUAAACGACCCAAACGUGGUACUGAAACUCCAGAUACAGUGUCGGCUGCAGAUAGUCCAAAGACACCAACUAAAGGAGCAAACGCAACCGAAAACAAUACGACAACGACGGUGGCGGCUAAUAAGCGUAAAGCGGGCGGUAAGCAGGAUACGCCGAAUAAGAAGAAGCGUACCGAUGUGGACGGUAGCGCAGGUUCUGGCAGUGGUGGCGGUAGUGGCGAUAUCACCGAUGAUGGCAGCCUUAGUAAGGACAGUGCUAAGCGUAAGCGUCCCGAUAGUCCCGCGGAAGAGAGUAUGAACUCUGACAGUCGGCCUGAUUCGGUGUUGGAUGACGCUGAGUCGAAUACGACUGAUACAGUAGAGCAGUCGUUGAAGGAGGGCAAAGAUAGCUCAGGUGGAAAAGAGGAUAGUGCUGCGACAGAUGGCGAUUCGAAGGCGGAAAUAAUUGAGAAAUCCGAAAAGCCUGGUGAAGACACCAAAGAGACUAUCAAAAAUGAUGAUGAAGAAACGAAUAUUCAGGCACCUGUUAGCGGACAAGUGGCUAUAGCAACACCUGUAGGCGAUUCAGUUGGCGUUGACACAAAAGAUCCUGCAACAAAUACAAAUGAUGGAGGCCUGAAUAUAGUCAGUGCUCCGCCAACACCAAUGAAGGUGCCUACCAUAGCAACUGUUGAGGCGCUAAACGCUUCCAUUGGACGCGGGGACUUGUCAACUGAACGUAAGGAUCCAUUAGAGAAAAUGGAUGUAUCUGAAGGUAGUGUUACCGCUGAUUUGACCAAGGAGCAGGAGAUGAUGAAGAAGAUCGCUAAUAUGAAGCAAGAGUCAUUGCAGCAGCAAUUACCACCGAACAGCUCCAACGCAAAUAUGCAAGAAAACGCUGUUUUCAUCAAGAAGGAGCCUUUGGAUGAUUCCUUGGAUGCCACCUGCAAUCAGAACAGCAACGAGCCGCAAGAUCUAAAAGUUAAAGUAGAGAUCAAAAAUGAGGAAUGCAAAAGUGCCGCGGGUAUGCCGCCGACUUCAAUGGCUACAUCUGUUAAUGAAACAACUGCUGGCUCCGAUGUCCCUCCUCAACCGCCACAUAUGCAUAUGCAUCUCCCACCAGGGGGCCCACAACCACCACCAGGUUACAUUUUGGACGGACAAAUCAAGUAUGGGCCACCGCUGCAACAGUCGAUGCCCAGUAACGACAACAACGCUCCGCCAUCAACGGGCAUGCCAUUAGGUGGACCGCCACCAACGCACAAAUACCCUAGUGAUAUGGAUAUGAAGUACAAUGAGUCUGCUGCGACAGCUGGCAUCAAAUAUGAGGGUGGCAAGUUUGCAAUGCAAGACAUUAAGUACCCUCCACCGCCACUGGAGCACGCCAUGAAGUACGGAACAGUACAAGAAAUGCAAGCAGCCGCAGCAGCAGCAGCGGCGGCGGCUGCCGCAGGUAAAUAUGAUAUGAAAUUUGCCAUGGAACAGCAGGGCAAGUAUCCGGGUGAUCUCUCAGCACAUCAGCAACCACCAAAAGGUUUCCCUGGUGAUCCGAUGAAGAUGCCUGACAUGAAAGUAUCAGGAAUUUAUCCCAUGACAAAUGCUGAGGGAAAAUACACGGGUCCGCCUAACCAACCGAGCGAUGUAGGGCUUAAGUAUGGUGGCGGUGCACCUCAAGAUCCGCAGCCACCAACUUCACACGGUGCACCACCUGGUGCAACGCCUCCACCCGGAAUUGCAAUGCCAAAGCCUCAUUAUCAACACGAGGUGCAACACCCACUGGCUCGUUCUGCUUUCGAGUCAAGUUUAAUGCUGAAAUAUGGCGAUCCAAUGGCUGUCAAGUAUGGACCCCCACAAGAAUUAAAAUAUCCUCCACCACCACAAGGACCUAAUGAUGGAGGACCAAUGAAACCCUCGCCCUAUGCUGAGAAUCUCGUCAAAGGCUCGCCAUAUGGGACCCAAGAACCUGGCGGAUUGAAAUAUCCGCCACCGGAGAGCCCAAUUGAUGCGUCAUCUCGUUCGACACCUGGACAAGAUAGUCAGGGCAGUAAUAGUAGCUCACAACCUUCAUCACAACAACAACAACAAUUCCAAUCGCCGCAUCCAUCGCCACAUUUACCUUCACCAGCGGGAGGUGGUCUACCACCUGGUAUGCACCCACAAAAUCUGGUAUCGCCACACGGUCCGCCGUCUCAUGGACAACUAAAUUCUGGUCUGCCACCAGGCUCAUCUGGACCUCCUCAACCCAGUUCUUUACACCAUCCACACCUUACACCGCCUCCAAACAACUCACAGCAAUUGCAAGGGCAUUCACAAUCGUCAAUUGCCUCAUCAAUGCCUCCUACUUCAGUUGGGGCACCGCCCCCAUUGUCAACAGUGGCUCCAUCAGGCUUGCAUCCCCAACACAUCCCGCCCAGCCAUUUGCAACAGUUACAUCGCCAGCAUCCCGAUAUGUCAAGUGGCAUACACCCGCAUGCGCCUAUCCCGCUUGCACUGCAAGGCCAUGAUCCGCGUGGUGGGCCACCGCUUCCUACUCAUCAAAUACCUCCACAACAACAACAAUCCAGUACAGUGCGCACACCAUCGCCGGCGCAGCAACCACAGCCUCGUAAUUUGCAUGAGGAGCGCAUUGGGCCCAAUAGUGGUCCACCAUCUGGACAGUCACGUGAACCCCCUACAUCGCAAGCAUCGAUGCUGCCACAGCAGUCUCCACAUGCGCACCGUAGCUCUCCUCUGUCCGGUAUGCCAGGAAACCCACCACCGGGUCUUAUUGGCCAUCCAAUGCCCAUACAUCCGCAUCUGGCACAUUUGCCACCUGGUCAUCCAGCGCAUGCUGCUGUCGCUGGAGUUGGUCAUCCUGGACACCAAAUUCUGUCGCACACAAUGGCUGGUUUGGGUCCAGGGGGUGGACCAAUCGCACUUCUGGCAGGACCACCAUCGCUGACGGGUAUGCCGGAAUCGGCGCUCAGCAGACGUACGCCCCCAUCACAUAUUGCACAACCGCAUUCCUCGUCUGCACCACCACAUUCAUCCGUUGCUGUUAGUUUGGCUUCUACCACGACGUCAGCUAGCUCUGCGCCAAGCACGAAUACUGUGCCAUCAUCUGCCUUUAGUCGCGCCAGCCCAAGUGUGCAAGGUCCAAACUCCAACAUUGGUGGGCCGCAAAGUGUUGGUGGCCCUGGAAGCGGCGGCACACCAGGCUCUUCAUCAGCACAUCGUUCAGCAUCGCCUGCUUCAAGCGUUGGUAGUUUGAGCCGCCAAAGUCCGCUACAUCCGGUGCCGCAAAGCCCACUCAGCCAUCAUCCAUCAUCAUCGGCACUUACGGCGGCAGCAGUUGCUGUAGCAGAGCGGGAUCGUCAUGCACUUUUACGUCAACAGUCCCCACACAUGACUCCUCCACCCGUAUCCAGCGCUUCCACACUGAUGGCUAGUCCGUUAAGCAAGAUGUACUGUCCACAGCCGAAUCAACGUGUGCUGGGAACUUCGCCGCCACCUCAUUUACGGCCUGGUGCUUCACCACCUGUCAUCCGACAUCCACAGAUGCCACUGCCAUUGCCAUUGAUUCCACCUGGCGCUGGUAUACCACAAAUAGGCGUGCAUCCCGGCCAGUCGCCAUAUCCGCAUCCGCUCUUACAUCCUUCCAUGUUUUACUCCCCGCACCAUCACAACCCAUUCAAUUAUGGCUAUGGUCCUUAUGGACCUGGUUUCCCGGCAGCUUACAUGAAGCCACCGCAACCAGGAGGGCCGCUCGAUCCAGCCUCGGUGUUGGGCGCGCAUCAUCCAGGUCUGCCAGGCCCUCCACCCACGCGCCCUGACGAUCCAGCGAUGGCAGCUGCAGCAGCGGCGGCCGCUGAGAAACAAGCCGUGGUUGCACAUCAAUUAAAACAACAGCAACAACAGCAUCAGCAGCAUCAACAACAACAAGCGGCAGCACAAGCACAAGCACAAGCACAAGCGCAGGCGCAGGCACAAGCGCAGGCGCAGGCACAAGCGCAGGCCCAGGCGCAAGCACAGGCACAGGCACAAAACAAACCACCAACACCAAAGACGCCCCAGGGCAACAAUAGCGGCGGUGGACCGCCGGGAAGUUCACACUCGACUCCCACAGGCCUGCCACCAGCUGGUUAUCCAGGGUCACAUUUGGGUGGUUAUCCGCCACCGCCGCAUUCUUCCCCAUUCCAAGAUGGUCAACAAAUGGGUCUUAAGCCAACAACGCACAUGGAUGCCCUGCGAGCACACGCACAUUCAGCCAAUUUGGGUGCUCCACAUCAUCCAACUGAGCCAUUACCAAUCGACAUUGAGCCCGAUCCGGAGCCGGAAAUACCCAGCCCAACGCAAAAUUUACCGCGUGGUCCUAGUCCCGAAGCCAAACCGGACGACACUGAAUGUCAUCGCUCGCAGUCGGCCAUAUUUGUGCGCCACAUUGACCGCGGUGAUUAUAAUUCCUGCACGCGAACGGAUUUGAUUUUCAAACCAGUGGCCGACUCCAAAUUGGCGAGAAAGCGAGAAGAGCGCGAUAGAAAGCUUGCCGAAAAGGAACGUGAGCGUCGUCAACAACAACAGCAACAGCAACAACAACAGCAGCAACAAGCUGUGGCUGCGCAACAGGCCGCUCAACAGGCCAAACUAAAGGCCGAAUUGAAGCCACCAUAUGCGGACACGCCAGCGCUGCGUCAAUUAUCGGAAUAUGCAAGGCCGCAUGUAGCGUUCAGGUGGGUCCCUGUUGAACAGAUGGUACCAUAUCAUCACCCAAUGGGGCCAAUAUAUAGUAGAGAGAGGGAACUGGAGGAAAUAAAGAACGCCCAAGUUGCAGCUGCCAGUCAGUCGCGUCUGGACCCGCAUUGGAUGGAGUAUUACAGGCGCGGUAUGCACCCAUCACAAUUUCCAUUGUACGCUAAUCCCGCUGCUAUCUCACAAAUGGAGCGUGAACGUUUGGGUAUUCCGCCGCCGCAUCAUGUCGGCUUAGAUCCCGGCGAGCACAUGAUACGAUUGACGAGAGAAUAUCAUGCACACUCUCAUACUCAUUUACAUUUGCCUUUGCCUUCACAGCCGCAACCACCGGAGGCCGGAUUUCAACUGCCACCGAAUGUUGGCCAAUAUCCACGCCCAAGUAUGCUUAUGCCUAGAGAGCCGGACGUUCUGCUGCGCAUGUCCUACGCCGACCAGCUUCAGUAUUUACAGGCAGCUGAAUUCCAGCGACAGUCACUGCACGAACAGUACUUCAGACAAAGGCCCAGGUAAAUGGACCACUAUGGUAGAACGUUCUAUAGCAUGCGUUAACUUUUAUGAAAGAUGAAUGAAGAAACCGACGAAGAUGAAUGAAGAAGUAGUGUCUCGCCACAGUGUUUCGCUUGGAUAACUUAACGUUAAACGUUAGUGUUUGUAUAAAUAAUGCGUACCGCGUGCAGUCGAUCGUUCUACCAGCAACUACCUACUACUACAGUAACAACAACAGCAGCGUCUACCAUCAUCACCAUUGACACAAACAAGCCAGAUUACGCAUCAAUCCACUCCGCUCCGCUUCACUCCAUUCGACUUCACUUCACUCCACUCCACUCGUAUCAACUGCACACCAUAAGUAAAAGUUAAGCCUCAUUAACUCUUUGAAAUGUACCAGCAUUUGUGCCGUCUAUUUCUUCACUAAUUGUUUGUUCGAUUUUGGACAAUGUUGCGGUUAAUGUGUGAAGUACAUUUCAUUUGUGUGUAAUGCUUAAUUUUGUGCAAAUAAUUGUUGCAAUCGUUGGCAAUUUCCCCGCGACUGUGAAAAAAAUCAGCUGCGUUAGCUCUCAUCUGGCAUGAGCACAAAUUUGACGCUGAAAGAGAAAUAAUUUAUUGUGCACGUAAUCAGAUGGACGACAGCAAAUUCAACAAACCAACCACAAAAAGAUUUGCAUAAAGAGCAAAAAGGCAGGUGAAUAAAGUGGAUAUGCCUCUAUUCACACUUAGCAUAAGUUGGAUAUGGGGGAAUCUUGGUGUAAAAUCACAAAUGUACAUACCUACAUACACACACACAAGGGCGCUUUCGUGCUUAUGCGACAACAAACACAAAAAGAAAAUAUCACAAUCGGAGCCUAAUUCUGAGCGUUUUGCAAUACAUAGGGAGAUUACAAAAAAAAAAAAAAAAUAAACAAAAAAAAAAAAACAAAUAGUUCAAGAGCAUAGAAAUUAGUGAAAAAAGCUUUUAGCAGAUAUUCAUAUGUAUGUAUAUUUUGUAAGUUACUUCAUGUAAAUUUAUACAUUUUUGUACGAUAGAUAUUUUUUGUAAAUGAGUUUUUUGAACGCAAAGGUUUUCACAAACAAAAAAAAAACAAAAACUAAAACGAAAAUAUUGUAUACACACACACAUAUGUACAUUAGCGACGACGGUUGGCAAGUGAUUACUGCGAAAAAAAGCAACAUGCACACACACACGCACUCAAAACAAUAACACUAAAGUCAACUGUAUGAUUUUGCCAUUAAUGCUUACCAAGCGCAAGCGCCAUAGCAGUUAUUUAUGUAUUUGCAUGUGUAACUACUAGUAGCUAUGUUUAAAAAAAUACGCUUACAAUAGGUUUUUGACAUUAGUUGCACUUAAAUGACAACAUACAAAUACACUAACAUAUAUAACGGAAGAGUGCAGCCAAGUAGUUUCACUAAAUGUAUGGAUGGUACAAAUGAACUGUAUAUGGAAUUUACUUUUCCUCAAGGCAAGCGCUUGUUCACUACACACAUACAUAUACAUACAUAUUAGUACAUUAUACAUAGUAAGUAUAUGUAAGUAAAAUAUUGAUAAUUGAGAUGAUGUAUCGGAAAUAGGCAUGAUAGGAAAAUUUCUAACGGUACUUUUGAUAAUUCGUUUUGUUUGUAGUUGCGCAAAAUUGCCAAAUAGGCAAAUUAUGGAAUUGUGGAAUUGUGUGGCAUAUUGAAACACACAUACACAUAAAUACAUACAUAUUAUUGUGCUGUAUACGCACACACACACACACACACACGCAAAUAUGUAAAUAGAUAUGAACUUAUCAAACAUUUUAGCAAUGAAGAAAUACGAGAAGCGUAGAAGUUUGCUAAUUUUAAUAGUAUUUUAAUAGAUUUAAAUCUACUUUUCGUUCGUGUGCUUUCACGUUGUAUUAAAAUCUAUUUAUUUAUCGCUGCUGAGUAUUAUUUGUACAUUUAUUGCAACAUAAUUUUGUAUGUUCUUUGUUUGAUAAGAGUUUUUUUUUUGUUGUUUAGAGAGAAGAUUGAACAAAAUAAGCAUAAAGUUUAAGAAAAGGAAGGAAAUACCAUAAUUGAAAUUCAAAAAAAUUUUGAAAUUAGCCUAAUGCUAGAAUUUUAAGCAGAAGUUUAAUAUAUAAUUUAAAGGAAAUAUAUUAAAAGCAGAAAACAAAACGCGAGUAGACACAUUGCAAUUUGCUAUUUGUUUGCUACUAUUUGUCUAUUGGCUCUAAAAGUAUGUAUUAAUUAAAGGAGUCGAAGAAUUGUAAAUGGUUAGCCCAAGUAAAAAUGUAUGUAAAUCGCAAAUACGCUGCAAGUGUUGAUAUCUGUGGAUUUUUAAUAAAUCAAAAACAAAAAAAAUUAUGUUGGCUUAGCAAUUUUUCCUGUCAAGCAUUAAAUUGUUGAGUUUUACUGCAAUAUUCUAAUUAUUUAUAAUUCACAACGUUAGCUUAAGAGUUUACCGUAAUAAACGUGAAAAUAAAUAUAUCUAUUUUUUUUUUACCGAAAGGACCAGCAUUUUUAACUUUACAGCAAAAACUGCUAAUUUGACUUAAGAUAUUUUGUGUUAAAAGUGCAUAGAUAUAUGCAAAAAGGAAAUAUUUUCAAACAAUUAAGCUAAUCAGACAAAUAAAAUUUGCGUAUAUACAGUUGCGAGCACGAAAAUACCGUUAGCAGUGUGCAGUGUAGCUUAAAAACUCAAAUAUUUGUUUGACUUACACAAAAAAGGAAAAGCCGCCGCCGAACGGUAGUUCGUUUUGUGGUUGGCAGAAAUACACUCGGACGUUUGGUACUGCCUGCCGAGGUGCGAUCGCUAUUAUAUUAGAAAAAACCUUUCCUAUCAUUUUGGUGUUUCGGUCUUCGAACCCAGUCACUAUCGAAUGGCAGCCACGCGCUAAUUUGUUCUACCAGCACGAAGUGGCUAAGCGCAUGUCGAUAUCUUCCAAAUUUAAUAGAAGAAAAGUUUAAAUAAUUAAAAAAUUAAAUUUAAAACUUAAAAAUCAAUUAAAAAAAAAUUUAAAAAAAAAAUUAAAAUUUUAAACGUUCUACAUAAGCCAAAAACUAGUACUUUGUUGCAAAUAUUUUUUUCUUAUUGCAUUACCGCAUAGAAACAUUGCAUCGUUAAAAUGCCAACAUCUUUUUGAUGGAAGAAAGUUCGCUUGUGCCGGAUAGAUAGAGCCGGAUAGAUAGAGCAUCCAAACGAGUUUCUAUUUAAAUGAGGUCGUGCAACUGUGCAAAACCAUUACUUACCCCUUCAAUUUUUGUGCUUCGUCGAGUUGUUCUGUUGGAAGCUGCAUUUUAGUGGUACUUCCUUGUUAUUUUUUACUCGAAAUAGAGUGGGCAUAGGCAGCAUGAAUUUUCUCCUUGGAUAUCGAGCAGAUAUUUUCUUUGCUUCUAAAAUUCUCAGCCGUCAGCUCCUCCGUCAUCCGCAAAGCUCCUCAUUAAAAAAAAAUUGCCGUUCGGAGUCGGCCUAAAACUGUAGGUCCCUCCAUUUGUGAAACAACAUCAAGACGGAGGAGGAGCUCGGCCAAACACCCAAAAAGGGUGUAAUAUAUUAAAUCCAUCAUUCAGAGUUAGCAACUUCGAUGUUUCUGAGCCAAAAGUCCUGGCAGAACAAUCGUACUGAGAUAGUGACGGAUUUGCUUUAUUUUAAAAUGAAUUGUUUGGGGUCAAUAACACAGCAAAGGGCACAAACACGAUAGACGGUCCAACGUUACCCCAAAAGGAAUCGGCUAAAUUCUGAAAAGUAAGUGCAGUUUUGUGCUGUUACAACAACAACGGAAUUUAACGAAAAUAAUCCUUAGUAUAACAUUAGUUUUAGCAUGAAUAGAAUCUUUGUCAGUAAAAUUUCACAAAAUUACAUGAAUGCCGCCCAUUCUAUUCCGAUUUUCCAAUAAAAUAUGCACUCAAAACUUAAAGCGUCCGAUCUUGCCCGAGUUACCAUACAUUUUUCAUAAGUAUUUUUUUUUUAUAAAGUCAUAUUUUUCAUUUUCAUCACAUUUCUGAAAUGUGUACAUUGGGAUGGAGUGAAAUUUUUUAUCUAAGUUAGCUUCACGUCUCAAAAUUAAGGUGCAAAAUAUUAGCUUGGAGGAAAAGAAAUUCUUCAUUUUUGCGUACAAUUUUAGCGCAAAUGGCUUAACACUGUUUUAUGGUCGAUCUUUAGCUCCUGGGCGAUGUUACGACUAUUGACAUGUCAGUAAAUUUCGAUUACUUCUGUGAUUAGGUCGAUAUUUUCGACAUUAUCGAUAUUUUCUUAACACCAAAAAUGCCUGAACGGAAUUGACGAACCCAAAAUUGCACGUAAUGAGCUGUUACAGUAUAGGGACCAUAAACAUUAUUCACAAUUUCAGCGGUCUGGCUUACAUUUUCGACUUGAGAAGAAAGAAAAACUUUACAUAAAAAAAUGUACUCUUUGUUGACUUCCAUGACUUACAUGACUUGUUAACACCCUGUAACUCAUAACUGAAUGGAGCAAGCAAAAAAAAACAGGUAAAAUAAUUUCUGUAGUGUAAAAUGUCACUUUGAAACGAGCAUAUACUUAAAAUUGUCUGAUCAAUACUUUACGAGAUAUCGACCUGUGCAGCCAUCUACCGAUGGUGUAAAAAGGUUUCCCCACUAUUAAUAUUUGAAAAAAAAAACAAGUUAAAUAAGUUAAGCUUUUACGUUCUGCUUGGCAAAAUUAUGUACGUAUAUUCAUUCUUCCUAAGACUUGCAUCCACUUUUGCUUGUUGUUACUGAUGAGAUCGAUUUCAAAGCGAUUUCAAGGCCUGCUAAGUUAAUUUAUAACCUUAUUUAGUAUUAUUGAUGUAUUUGGUGGCAUCAAAUGACUUUUCUUUAGUACUGCAGUUAAAAACCAGUACAAAAUCCUUGAUAGACAUUGGCAUGAAAUUUAAAUAAAAUUUUAUAUAAAUUCAAACUAAAAAUUAAAAAAUUCGAAUUAUAAAAAAUUAAAUAAAAUUUCGUUUAUUUUUCCAUAUUCGAUUAGGUUGGGGUCACCUCAAAACGUUAUUCUAAGAAAAUACUAUUUUGUGAUUUUUAUUAACUCUUAUAAAGGCAGCAUUUCUUUGCUUAAAUAAAUAAAAUAAAUCCAUAUUAAAAAUUAAAAUUAUAUAAAAUUAAAUAAAAUUUCGUUUAUUUUUCCAUAUUCGAUUAGGUUGAGGUCACCUCAAAACGUUAUUCUAAGAAAAUACUAUUUUGUGAUUUUUAUUAACUCUUAUAAAGGCAGCAUUUCUUUGCUGUGAUAUUAAAAAAAAAAUAAAUAUAAAAAUUUCAAUAUAAAGGUUUUUUUAAUAAGAGGUGUUAUUUUGAUAUUCAAAGAAAAAUGAAAAAAUGAUAUUAAAAAAAUAAUAUAAAUGAUCGGAUUUUUAUUUCAUUAUAAAGAGAAAGAUAUGCCGUUAAUAGUGGAAAAUAACAUCAGGUAAAUGACCACCACGACCACGCUUACAGGACAACAUCCUUUUCAUGAAAUUUUCCAUUUUCCUCGAUAGCCUCUCGAAUUCCAUCUUUGAGGUCUUGAAUCGAAUGUAGACCUUCUCUUUCACGAGGCCCCAAAGAAAAAAGUCACAAGGUACUAAAUCACAAGAUCUCGGUGGUCAAUUGUGAUCACCUCUUCGAGAGAUAACACGGUCCAGAAACUAUUCCCGUAAAAGAUCAAUGGUGUCGUUGCUUGUGUGGCACGUAGCGCCGUCUUGUUGAAAAUAAACUUUGUCCAGAUCAAUACCAUCCAAUGCCGGUCAUAAAAAAUUGUUAAUCAUCUCUCAAUAGCGCAAUCCAUUCACCUGUAACACCUCUCAUUGGAAUACCCUUAAUUAUCGCUCUACCUGAAUGCACAGUAUUUGAAAAGAAAAAAAAACGUAGACCAAUGCCACUGCUGUUUUCGUGUUCACAGCUGUAAAUACAACCCUAUGAGUUCAAAACUGAAAUAUUUGAAAAAAAAAAAAAACAAAAGAAAAAAAGCACGAAAAAGGAAACAAGGUCUUGAC